AUGGGGUAUGUCACGGGUGCAAAGAAGCCUCCUUCUCUAGAGAUUGAAAAAGAUAGAGAGAAAGUUCCUAACAAGGAGUAUGAACACUGGUAUUGUCAAGACCAGUUAAUCCUACAUGCCAUCAUUGGCUCAACAAGUUUUUCUGUUAUGAGUACAGUGGUCAAUGCCAAUACUUCUGCUGAAGCAUGGAAGAAGCUACAGACUUUUUUUGCUAAUAAAUCACCUGCUCAGAUUCUUUCUUUUAAAGAGCGAUUGUCACAAACCAAAAGAGAAAAUAAAUCGGUGAGUGACUACUUCUUGUUUAUGAAGAAUAUUACUGAUGAGCUUGCUCUUUAUGGUGAUUCUAUUUCAGAUAUAGACCUUGUGGUGCAUAUUCUAAAUGGAAUUGAUCCUGAAUACCAUGAUAUAGCUGCUACUGUUCAUGCUUGUGACUCUCUAACCUCCUUUGAAGAGCUGCAAGACAGACUUUUGGCUCAUAAAGUGUACCUGCACCGUAUAGAUCCUCAAAUAGAUUUAGUUCCUCUCAUGGCAAAUUAUGCUAAGAAGAAUGGCAAUUCAAAACACUCCAAAGGCUCUUAUAAUCGUGGAGGAUAG